AUGGCAUAUUUGACAAGAGACCAACUUGACAAUUACUUGAAAAAACUUACAGAAACUGCGCAAAAACCCGCAAAUAGUAGUAAUGCGGGUUCAAUCGCAGUUAAUGCACUUAAAACUCAACCUAAAAGAUCAACGACGAUUAAUGUACCACCACCUCCCAAAAGUCACCUUGAAGAAGACUUUUCUUCUCAACCUAAACGUUCAGUUUCAACUAAUUCCGCAACUAAUGAGAGAAAAUAUGGUAUGGUUCAUGGACCACGUGUUCAACCGACAUCAAAACGUAAUAGUUUACCCAAAGUGCAGGAUAAUAAUUAUUCGGAUAUAAAGGAUAAUAAACGUCAUAGCAUUACUGAUGAUCUAAGUUAUCCACUGGAAACUAAACUUUCUUUAAAACCGGACAUUAAUAAGACAGAUAAUAAGAUGGAUAAUAAAAUGGAUAAUAAGAAAGAUAAUAAAAUAUCAUCGAAAGAAAAGGAAUCUGAAAAGAAUCGGAAUGAACCUACGACGACUGUAAACAAUGUCAAAGGACAUUAUGUUCUAUCGGCAGCUCAUAGAUUAUAUAAUUCAUCUGCACCAUUACAAAAGUCAACGAUAUCACCAAAUAAUUCUUCAACGAAACAAGAAGAAAAUGAAACAUUAAUGAAUAAGAAGAAACGAGAUUCUAGUAUACAAGAAAUAAAAAGGAAAUCAGAGAUCGAAUUAAAUUUAAAUUCUCGUUACGAAGAAGCCAAAUCAAAAUAUCCGCCCAUUGAUCAAAUUGAUAGAAGAAGUUCAAAAAUUCCAUUAAGGAAUACUUGUGAUAAAUCCAUAAGUGGAACUGUUUUAUCAGCGUUGGGAAAAAAAUGGCAUCCGGAACAUUUCACAUGUACACAUUGUAAUAAUACUUUGGAACAUGUCGGAUUCUUUGAAAAAGAUGGUAAACCAUAUUGUCAUUUGGAUUAUCAUGAAUUAUUUAGUCAAAGAUGUGCUUCUUGUAAUACUCCAAUUGAAGGGCAACAAAUCAGUGCACUCGGAAAAGUUUGGCAUCCUGGACACUUUUUCUGUCGAGAAUGUGGUAAUCCAUUCGAAAGUGGAAAUUUUAUGGUUAAUGAUGGUUAUCCUUAUUGUAAAAAGGAUUGGAUGAAAUUGUUUGAACCAGUUAGCGGUGAAUUUGUUAAUGCAUUGGGUGAAAAAUGGCAUCGUGAUUGCUUUUAUUGCGAGAAACCAUAUUGUGAAACACAUUAUCGAGCUCAUUUGGCUAAUUCAUGA